AUGGAGCAGCGUGGAAGAGCAGCAAUCAGCGCAGGAGGAAAGCAACAACCCCGGCCAGCAUCUCGUCGCUGCUGCGACUCCUCACCGUGGUUCUUACAGCUGCGACUCAUGCGGGUAACAGAGCUCGGCGGCCACGACGGCCGCGAUGCCGAGCCAGGAUGGCACGCGGCGGCGGAAUGGAGGCGCAGGCGCAGUCGCGCCACCGCGGGAUGCCCAGGCCACCGACGAAGAGGAGGAAAGAUCGGAUGA